AUGGAAUCAUAUAGCUGCUACCAAAAUUGUAGCUUAUACGAGCUGCAAGACUUGUGCAAACAGGAAGAGCCGAGCUUGACGCAAGAGAAACUGGACGAGCCAAUGCCAUGGAUAGGGCUUUACGUGGCAGCAGCUUCCGCCGUAUGCGCGCUGGCAAUGGCGGCCGACGCCUUCAGGGGAUUCCGAAGCAGAAGGUUUUGGCUCCCCUGUAAGUAUUUCUCUCUCAACGCCUUUUCCCUCACACUAUUAGCUGUCGCGAUGAAGCUGCCGGUUGAUCUUACAAGUAUGGCGCUAGGAUUUAGAGAUAACACCGCCCGUGUCAGUAGCCUUGUUCUCAUGUCAACUGCUAUGGCUAAUUUCACGACCUCUCUGGGGUCGAUGACGAACAACGAGAUCGUACUGAACCUCGCUGCCUUAGUCAUUCUUGUUAUUACGGUCUUUGCAAAUGUCUGCAUUCAUAAUGUCCAGCUUGAUUAUUUAUACACCGUGGAUAGAUUUUCUGUAGUAGAGACUGUAUCUACUGCGGUCAUGCUCCUUUUUCUUUUGAUGUUAUGCUUUUCUUCCGUGAUGAUUCCGUCCGCCAAAAGAAGCAUACAGUCGUCGUACCACGACAUGCACGUAAAAAUAUCGAACGAUAAUAAUCAUCGAUUAGUGGAGUGGGGGAAUUUUAGCGUCGAUGAAGUCAGGGUAGCGGUGACGAGAUAUUGGGUGAUGGCGGAAACUGGGAGCUCCCAAUUCGUCAUCGCACGCUCCGCUGCGUGCGUUGCUCCGGGCUCCAUGUGUCUUCUUAUGGGUGUAACUCUGCUUUCGACUCCGCUUUCCGAGAUAAAUUAUUUCCGGCGAGCGGGUUUAGGUCUCAUCUCUUCUAAUUACAAGUGGUCCCUCAAUUGCAUUCUAGUCGUUCAGUUCAUUGGAGUGGCGUUGGGUGCUAUUGCUCCUCUAAUGAGAUGGCUUGUUGCUGCUCAAAUCAAGAGCUCGAAUAUAGGCACUAGAAGUUUCAAAGACGAAUUUAAGGUCGAGACUUAUUGGACUCAAAAGCUCGUCUACUGGCAACAGCGCCCUGUGCGUUUACAAAUUCGAUCCCACGUACUCAGAAAACUUGUUCACAAUGCCAAAAGAUUACUUAUAAAUGUCUGCAUUCGGGUUCAGACUGUGAAUGUUCGUGUCAGCAAGCUAGUGCUGCUCGUUUCGGCUGCGUUUUUGAAACGAUUUUUGUCUUGCUUCCACCGAAUCAAGACAUGUUGUUAUAAUUCGAAUGAUGAAUCAAGAACCGGAACGGAGUUGGAUUAUAGCGGUUACGUGCUGCUGCUCGAGGGAGAGUCGGGGCUUCCUCAGAAGACGCUGAAAAACAUAUGCAACGAGGCGGAUAAGUUGAUCCAAAAGGGUAGAAAGAUGCAACCGAAGAACCUCAAACAACUCGUAAUGAAAUCCGAAAACUUCAAUGGGGUGAGAGAAUUCGACAACAACGAAGUUCCACGUUUGGAAUAUUCUUCCCAAGAACCUCCGAACUGCUGGUCUCUGCCAGUUGUGACUUUGACAAGCGUCGCAGUUUCACUUCCCAAUAUCGCCGACGAUCAUAAGCUUAAUCAGCUACUCAAUGCAGUGAGCGAAGGCCUUUACUUUGUAAUGCUCAUAGAGAAAUCGCUCGACAAAAACGGUGAUCUUACAAGCAUCCGCCGUGCAGCAGACAUUGUUUGGGCAGGGGUUGAAUUUUCCAAGAAAUGGCUGGAUAUCGAUCUCCAGAAUGCAAGCCUCGGAGAUGGGUCCCACAAGGAGACGCUUCAAAACCUUUCGGACGUUGCGGAUACGAUUGUUACGGAUUUCACGACCGAAACGAACUUAGAUCCCCUCAAAUGGCCCGUUAAAGUUAUAGCGGCUCGCUCAAUGUACCGAGUAACUCAAACCAUCCUGCUAGCACACAAAGACGACCAUAGCCUAACGGACGAGGAGCUGUUCGAGAGGUUAUCGGUAAUGAUAUCGGACAUAUUUGCAGCCUGCCUCACCAAUUUAGUGUCGGUCAUAAUCUUGAAAUGCCACAGCAAUGCUAUCGAAGAAAGGGAGGAGAGUGUCGGCCAGGCGGCUAUUCUUUUAGGUGAGAGUGAAGAGAUUCUUGAAAUUCUCGAGAAGCGCGAACUUCCGAGAUUGGAUCCCAAAAAAGCAGGUGAUAUUGAAGAGUGGAGGGAGUUUAUGGAAUUGAAUCCACCGGCAACUGCCUCGGCCUCAAGCAACAACGGCACAGCGAAUCCACACUCCAAUGCCGAGCAAGUUUCAGUCGAAACACAGGGCUGA